GUUCUAUGAGUUGUAAAACUGUUUACCCAAGUAGAAGUUAGCAAGCUGAAAUGUGACUUCUCCGCCCCAUGUGAGAGGCGUCUAUUUUAGACUCAGGUUGUGUCGGUGAUCCCCAGAGAGCAGUCUUUGAAGAACUGCAGCCCCGAUUUUCUUUGAAAGUACUUGGGGAAAUCUCACAGCUUCCCCAGACUGGGAAGGAAAAUAUGGAAUGUGUUUUACCGCUGACUGAACACAACCCAAUGAACUGUCCUGACAGUAGUUUGAAAACCAGCAGCUAGCAGUUUGUGCAGCUCCAGCAUCAUCCGGCACUUUCCAGCGCAGACUCAUUGUUUACGAGAACUCUCGGCCUGACGACGUUUGAACCUCAAGCUCGGCACCUUUCAAAUACUUCUGCAAAAGAAAAGUACCCGGAACCCCCUUUCCAAAAUGGCCGCAGAUGAGUAUCUGUGGAUGGUCAUCUUGGGUUUUUUCAUAGCUUUUAUCUUGGCAUUUUCCGUGGGUGCCAAUGAUGUUGCCAAUUCGUUUGGUACCGCUGUGGGCUCGGGCGUGGUGACCCUGAGGCAGGCCUGCAUCCUGGCUUCAAUCUUUGAAACCACCGGUUCGGUGUUACUGGGGGCCAAAGUCGGAGAGACCAUCCGGAAAGGCAUCAUUGACGUGAACCUGUACAACCACACUGUGGAGACGCUCAUGGCCGGGGAGGUCAGUGCCAUGGUCGGCUCCGCCGUCUGGCAGCUCAUUGCAUCCUUCCUGAGGCUCCCAAUCUCGGGGACUCACUGCAUUGUUGGGGCCACCAUUGGAUUCUCCCUCGUCGCAAUUGGUACAAAAGGUGUGCAGUGGAUGGAGCUGGUCAAGAUUGUUGCUUCUUGGUUUAUAUCUCCGCUGUUGUCUGGUUUCAUGUCUGGCGUGCUGUUUGUACUGAUCAGAAAGUUCAUCUUAAGAAAGGAGGACCCCGUUCCCAACGGCCUCCGGGCGCUUCCCGUGUUCUAUGCCGCUACCAUCGCGAUCAAUGUGUUUUCCAUCAUGUACACAGGAGCCCCAGUGCUGGGCCUGGUCCUUCCCAUGUGGGCAAUUGUGCUCAUCUCCUUCGGGGUCGCGCUGCUGUUCGCCCUCUUCGUGUGGCUCUGUGUGUGUCCGUGGAUGCGGAGAAAGAUAGCAGGCAAAUUACAAAAAGAAAGUGCUUUAUCGCGAGUCUCUGAUGAAAGCCUCAACAAAAUUCAGGAAGCGGAGUCCCCAGUAUUUAAAGAGCUACCGGGUGCCAGGGCUCAUGACGACAGCACCGUCCCCCUUACCGGGUCGGCCGCGGAGCCGUCCGGGACCUCAGAAAGCACGACAGGGGGACACCACCCCCGCGUACCAUACGGCCGGGCGCUGUCCAUGACACACGGCGCCAAGUCGCCCGUGUCUAACGGGACCUUCGGCUUCGACGGCCCAGCGCGCGGCGACGGCCACGUGUAUCACACGGUGCACAAAGACUCGGGUCUCUACAAGGACCUGCUGCACCGCAUCCGCGACGAGCGGCCGGCACCAGACGGGGCCCCGCGGCUGCUGCGGCGCAACAACAGCUACACGUGCUACACGGCGGCCAUCUGCGGGCUGCCCGGCCUGGCCACGCGCCGCGGUGACGCGCCCGCACCCGAGGACAGCGAGAAGCUGGUGGCCGACGCCGUGGCCUACUCCCGCCGGCGGCUGCGCUAUGACAGCUACUCCAGCUACUGCAACGCCGUGGCCGAGGCCGAGAUCGAGGCCGAGGAGGGCGGCGUGGAGGUGCGCCUGGCCACCCCGCUGGCCGAGCCCGAGCCGCCACGCGAUGACGCGGCGGACGACGAGAAGGAGGAGAAGGACUCGGCCGAGGUCCACCUGCUCUUCCACUUCCUGCAGGUCCUCACCGCCUGCUUCGGCUCCUUCGCGCACGGCGGCAACGACGUGAGUAAUGCCAUUGGUCCCCUGGUAGCUCUGUGGCUGAUUUAUGAACAAGGUGCGGUCCUACAAGAAGCAGUGACUCCCGUCUGGCUGCUGUUUUACGGAGGGGUUGGAAUUUGUACAGGCCUCUGGGUUUGGGGGAGAAGAGUGAUCCAGACCAUGGGGAAGGACCUCACCCCCAUCACGCCGUCCAGCGGCUUCACCAUCGAGCUGGCCUCAGCGUUCACCGUGGUCACCGCCUCCAACGUCGGGCUGCCCGUCAGCACCACGCACUGCAAGGUCGGUUCGGUGGUGGCCGUGGGCUGGAUUCGCUCGCGGAAGGCCGUGGACUGGCGCCUCUUCCGGAACAUCUUUGUGGCCUGGUUCGUGACCGUGCCUGUAGCAGGGCUGUUCAGUGCUGCUGUCAUGGCUGUGCUCGUGUACGGGAUCCUUCCGUUCGUGUGACCGGUCCUCUUCCAGCCGGUAAACAAGGGAUGGGCCGGGCUGCGUGUGGGCGCUGUGUGCUGUCUCCCGCCAGCGCCUCCACGACCCUCUGUGAUGUUCCAAACCACACCGUCCACCUAGGUGUAGAGUCGUCCUCCAGAGCUAACUUGACUACUGUACAUAAUCAUGUGCACUAAACUGGUAUCGUGGUGACAUAACAUGGUGCGGUUACUUAUAUAUUAAAUACAUAUGGUAUACAUAGAAUAAUAGGUAGUGCUAUUUCAGACAUACUCGAAAUGGGAGUGGAGACACUUGCCUAGAAUUCGAUAUUCAACAAAUCUUUGUACAUACUGAUUUCAGUGGCAAAUUUUAAGAACCUUUGAAAAGGAAAGUGUAGAUUGGAAAAUGGUAUUUUUUUCCCAUUUAAUAUACUGUGAGAUACAGGAUGGAUGAUACCCAUUUGGGAAGGUGUAUGUGUGUCAGUGUGCUACUGAAUACUGGAACAGGAGUUCACAAGUGCUUUCACUGAAGAAUUUGUUCAUAUACUGUGUAUUGAUUAUGUAAUAUAUCAUAAUUGCUUCUGUAAAUACUUAAAACUGUAAUUUUUUAA